AUGAUCAAGUUGCAACGUGGCAAAUUCCAAGGAGGGAGGUAUGUGGAAAUUCUUACCAGCAAGGAUGGACAACCUGUUGUGGCAAAGAGGUCGUGGAAUUUGCCGUCCAUGAUGAGAUUCAAAACUCAUCUGGACAUUUUGCAAUAUGAGCUUCAGCUAAGCAAGCUGAAGGGGAGGUUACUAGCAUCCAGCCUCAACGAGUUGCUAGAUGCCAGCCCUGCUCCUGCCUAUGGCUGUAAUGGGCCUCUUACAAAAACUCUGCGUGAAAGAGAUGCAGAACUACAAACGCAAAGACACCCGAGCUGCCCCCGCCUCCAGCCGGGCACUUCCCUCCCGCGGCAAUUUCCAGGGAGCCGUGUCCGCACGCCGCGGGGCCGGUGCGUGCGGGAGCCGUGCCUGUUCCCGUCAGCCGGUCCCUGUCCCCGCGGGCCCGUCCCCGUCCCUGCUGCGCUCCCCCGCCACCGCCACCCGCGCAGGCGCCCCGGGCGCAGCGGGAGCGGGCACCGCGGGGGGAGGCGUGUUUCGCAGCUCCUCGUUAGUAUAGUGGUGAGUAUCCCCGCCUGUCACGCGGGAGACCGGGGUUCGAUUCCCCGACGGGGAGAGCUGCGCUCGCGCGGCAGUUUUUUUUUGCCCCGCCCCACGCGAGCCGUUUACGACACUAAAGACAAAAGGCGCCGCCCGCCCGCAAAAAUACAGAUUGCGGCCUCCCCGUCGGGGAAUCGAACCCCGGUCUCCCGCGUGACAGGCGGGGAUACUCACCACUAUACUAACGAGGACCUGCCUUGUAGCUUUACCCGCGGAAUGGCUUUUAUCCGCAAAUCCGCACAACCACGUCCCUGGUGGUUGAUCAUAAAUGCUGCGCUGUGGGCGGAAGGACAGUAGGGGAGACCUCCGGCAGCGGGAGCAUGGACCCACGAGCCUGCGAAGGGCGGCAACGGCGCGGGAGGCGAGCUCGGCACCACCAGGGAGCGGGAGCAGAAGGCCCUUGCUGCUGCGGACCACUAGCGGCGGUGUGGGUGGGGAGAGUCAGCGUGCGUGCGCGGGAAGGCGGUAACGGAACAGUGCCGCAGCAGAGGGGCCGGCGCAGGGGUGCGGCGGCGGACGGGCAAGGUCCUGGGCCGCGCCGGCCCAACCCGGCUCAGCCCCCGCCCUGCUCUGCCCUUCCCGCUGAGGGGCUGCGCUGCCAGCGGCCCGCGGCGGGUGAGUUCUAAGGCUCUGCUGGAGGGUGCUGAGCAAGACCUCGUGGCGCAACGGUAGCGCGUCUGACUCCAGAUCAGAAGGCUGCGUGUUCGAAUCACGUCGGGGUCAUUACGUUUUUCUUUUCUUCCUCGGCUUUUACCGCCUUCCUCGCGCUAGAAACCAAGGAACGUUAUUGUUGGUUGGUAUUUUUAUGUUUUCCCCUACAGCUUAGGGUCUCCUCUUCUGCUUGAGGCUGAGGGCAGUGCAACACAGAGGGCACAACGAGGGUUAAGGCAAAAUCCCAUUGGAUAAAAGUGGCAAGUCUUAGUUUAUUGUCUUUGUGUGUAUAGGACUGUCUGAUUACACACUUAAACACAAAAGGCAGGAACGGUAUCAAAGGUUUACUUAAUUAAGGCAGCCCACUCUGUGGAAAUGAUGAGAAAACUUCAGAAAGUUGUAUAGAAAGAGUAACUUUCAAUUUUAAAGGGGACAGAAGCCCCAAAAAUGGAGAUGCCAUGUUUUCAGCACAGAAAUUCACAUAACAAGGAGUAAAAGUAAAGGCAGAGGCAGCAAAUGGUCUGGUCCAGCCAAGAGUUCAGAGAGAUCUUGAGAACCUUGCAGAAGAAUGAAACCCUGACAGGGAGAGAGAGGGGACCAGGGUGCCAGUGGGGGGAAUCCUCGAGGGUGAUGGAGUUAGGCUGUGGAACAGAAGAGUUUUCUCAGAGUAGCUAAUUCCGCAUGCUGAGGUUAACAGGUACCCAUGGCAGAAAGGCACAGAGAGGAUUUAGCUUUGAUUUAGACAUGAGAUAGCAAGUCUUGGAAAUAACACUUUAGUGAUUCAGAUGGACUGGAAAGUUUGACACUUGAUGAAAUUUAAAUGGGAGGAAAACAAUAGUUUGUCAAGGGCCUGAAUUGAGAGAGAAUGCCAGAGAUACAAUUCUCAUUUUGUAAGAACUGAUUGUUAGUGUUGUAAACCAUAGAAGAAAAUUAAUACAGAAAUCUUGGAAAUCAGAUUCAUCAGACUCAACAAAUUGUGUGGGGGUUAUUAAACCAAAUACAUUGGCUUUUAUAGGCUAUUGUUUGUUCUACAUACCCUUAAAACCUU